AUGUCAGCCGGACUGGGUUACCCAUAUACCAGAACGACGACCGGAGAAGGCCAUGCUGACCGUUCAAGGCUGAGUUCAGCAGCGUCUAUUUCAGAAUCCACCGAAGGAAACCAAAGCCACUUUGAAAUAGAGCGCGACCAGCAAAUCCAUCAGCUUGUCCGCAAGUUCACUGCACAAUCCGAGCAGAUUGGCUUUAGGUCAACCGCGGACGAUGCCCUCCAUCACCGGUUGGACCCGAACAGUGAACAGUUUCGCCCAAGAGAUUGGGCACGGGCGUUCUAUGAUUUGCGUUACAAUAGCGAGGAAGCCGUUCCUCGCGUCGCCGGGGUUGCCUUUAGAGGUCUCAAUGUGUGGGGCAAGGGGUCCCCAACAGACUUCCAAUCGACAGUAGGCAACAUGAUACUGAAGCUGCCUUCGCUUUUCGGCAAAGGCACAAGCAAGAUUGAAAUCUUGCGUGACCUUGAUGGACUAGUACUUCCUGGGGAACAGCUAUGCGUCCUCGGCCCACCCGGUUCUGGAUGCUCUACACUGCUCAAGACUAUUGCAGGAGAGACCCAUGGUUUCCAGGUCAGUCCUGAGUCGUACCUCAACUAUCAGGGCGUUCCGGCCAAGGACAUGAACACUGCAUUUCGAGGAGAAGCCAUCUACACAGCUGAGGUCGACGCCCAUUUUCCCCAGCUCAGUGUUGGUGACACGCUCUACUUUACUGCUCUUGCUCGCGCUCCACGUAAAAUCCCUGGUGGCCUCACUAGAAAACAGUAUGCUACGCAUCUACGCGAUGUUAUGAUGGCCAUGUACGGCAUAUCACAUACCAUCAAUACCCGGGUUGGCAAUGACUUUGUACGAGGUGUUAGCGGAGGCGAACGUAAGAGAGUGACCAUUGCUGAAGCCUCUCUUAGCUUUGCGCCUUUACAAUUGUGGGACAACUCUACCCGUGGCUUAGAUUCCGCAAAUGCUGUCGAAUUCUGCAAGACGCUCAGGACACAAUGCGACGUGUUUGGCGUCUCUACUUGCGUUGCCAUCUACCAAGCUCCACAAGCUGCUUACGAGCUUUUUGACAAGGUGACGGUGCUGUACGAAGGUCAACAGAUCUACUUUGGCCCAGCAGACGAAGCACGUGCAUAUUUCGAGCGGCUUGGUUUCGAAUGUCCUGCUUCACAGACCACUCCUGAUUUUCUCACUUCGAUGACUUCUGCGUCCGAGCGUCGUGUCCGACCUGGCUUUGAGAACGCCACUCCUCGCACUUCGGACGACUUUGCAAAGUGUUGGAAGGAGAGCCCAGAACGGAAACGCUUGUUGAGGGACAUUGAAGACUACAACAACAGCCACCCACUCAAAGGCGAACAGCUUCAACGUUUUGCACUAUCAAGAGCCCUGGAGAAAUCCUCCAACCAGCGUCAGAACUCGCCAUACACACUUUCUUACGUGAGCCAGGUCUUUCUCUGCAUGUGGCGAGACAUACAGAGAAUCAAGAAUGACCCCACCGUCCCUUUGGCCAUGUUGUUUAUCAAUUUUGUCGAGUCACUCGUUGUCUCCAGCAUCUUCUUCAAUCUACCUCAGACAACCGCAUCAUUCGUUAAGCGUGGAGGAGCCAUCUUCAUGGUCAUCCUGUUGAAUGCUUUUGGUAGUUUGUUAGAGAUCAUGAGUCUCUACGCAAAACGUCCCAUUGUUGAAAAGCACAACCGCUACGCGCUAUAUCACCCCAGCGCCGAGGCACUCGCUUCAAUGAUCGUGGACAUCCCGUACAAGAUCCUGAACUCCCUUUUUGUCACCACCACUCUCUACUUCAUGUCUAACCUGCGUCGAGAUGCCGGCUCGUUCUUUUUCUUUCUUCUUGUCUGCUUCACUACCUGUCUCUCCAUGAGCAUGUUCUUUCGGCUCAUCAGUUCGACGACCAAGACUCUUGCACAGGCUUUUGCGCCAGCUUCCGUCAUCCUCUUGUUGCUGAUUCUCUACACUGGGUUUCCAUUGCCUGUUCCAUACAUGCAAUCAUGGGCUGCUUGGCUGCGGCACAUCAACCCGGUAUCGUAUGGAUUUUCGAGCGUAAUGAGCAGUGAGUUCGCUGGGCGCACAUUCGCCUGCUCAUCAUUCGUACCUUCUGGACCAUCCUAUGACAACGUUGCCUCAGACCAGCGAGCAUGCGCUGUACAGGGCUCGCGACCCGGUGAAGAUUACGUAAGCGGUACUGCGUAUGUCGAGACUGCAUUUCAGUACCAAUACAGUGAACGGUGGCGAAACUAUGGCUUACUAGUGGUUAUCACUUUUGUCCUCUUCGUCGCCCACCUGAUUAUGAGCGAAGUAGUUGCUUCGGAGCGCUCCAAGGGCGAGGUACUGGUGUUCCGCCGUUCCAAGAUGAAGAAAAUGGCCAAGCGCCAGGGUACAGAUGAAGAGGCGGGUGGCGCAACUGCCCACGAGGGCGAGAAGAUUAGCCGCAACGCCAGUUCUGAGAUGGCAGUACAAAAGCAGGUGUCAAUCUUCCACUGGGAGAAAGUCACGUACGAAGUACAGAUCAAGGGAGAAACACGCAAGAUUCUCGAUGAAGUCGACGGAUUCAUCAAGCCUGGUACUCUCACCGCACUCAUGGGUGUAUCUGGCGCAGGCAAGACUACACUGCUCGAUGUUCUCGCCAGCCGAACCACCAUGGGCGUGAUAGGGGGUGACAUCUUUGUAGACGGCCGACAGCGAGAUGGGUCUUUCCAGCGACAGACGGGCUACUGCAUGCAACAAGACAUUCAUCUCGACACAUCGACUGUGCGAGAGGCACUAGAGUUCUCAGCUCUGCUGCGCCAGCCACUGGAGUAUGGACGCAAAGAGAGAUUGGCCUAUGUCGACCAUGUCAUUCGGCUCUUGGACAUGGAGGAGUAUGCAGAUGCAGUCGUUGGCGUCCCGGGAACAGGACUCAACGUGGAGCAACGUAAACGGCUGACCAUUGGCGUUGAACUUGCUGCUCGCCCAAAGCUGCUCCUUUUCCUCGACGAGCCUACAUCCGGACUCGACUCGCAAACUUCAUGGUCCAUUUGCAAUCUCAUGGAGAAACUGACUCGAGAUGGCCAAGCGAUCAUGUGCACUGUGCACCAGCCUUCAUCCCUUCUCUUCCAGCGAUUCGACCGUCUCCUCUUACUCGCCAAAGGCGGACGAACGGUGUACUUUGGCAACAUUGGACGCGGCUCCGAAACACUACUUGACUAUUUCCAUCGCAACGGCGCGCCGAAAUGUCCUUCUGGUACCAACCCGGCCGAGUAUAUGCUUGAAGCCAUUGGCGCCGCACCUGGGGCCAAGACGGAAAUCGACUGGCCUGCGGUCUGGAAGAGCAGCCCGGAGUACGAGCAGCUGCAGACUGAGCUGGCUAAAAUGCGAGAGCUGGUUCACCAGCCGUCAGCCGUCAUGGAUGCUAGUAACGGCUCGCACCGAGCCUUUGCAGCAUCCUUCAAAGACCAAUUACAGACUGUCGGACUCCGGUGCGCACAGCAGUACUGGAGGAUGCCGUCGUACAUCUACGCCAAAGCCAUUCUGACCAUUGGCUGCUCCUUCUUAAUCGGCUUCUCCUUCUUCGACAGCCAGAACACGAUGCAAGGCCUGCAGAACCAGAUGUACGGAGUCUUCAUCUUCCUUUUUGUCGUCAUCCAGCUCAUCUACCAGAUCCUGCCGAUAUGGAUGCUGCAGCGCACACUGUACGAAGCGCGAGAACGGCAAUCCAAGACCUAUGCCUGGCAAGCCUUUGUGCUCUCCAACAUCCUCGUCGAACUCGCCUGGAACGCCUUCAUGGCCAUGAUUUGCUUCCUAGUCUGGUACUACCCAGCGGGGCUAUACCGCAACGCGGAGCCCACAGACAGCAUCAACAUCCGCGGUUUCCACACGCUGCUCAUCAUCGUCGCGUGUUUCCUGUUCGCCAGUUCUCUCGCGCACCUGCUCAUUGCAGGCUCGCCCAGCGAGGAAAUCGCCGGCGCCUUCACCACGCUGCUGACCAUCAUGAUGUACGCCUUCUGCGGUAUCCUCGCGCCCCGCAACCAACUCCCGCGCUUCUGGAUGUUCAUGUACCGCGUCAACCCCUUUACCUAUCUCGUCUCCAGCUUCCUGGCCACCACGCUCGGCGAGGCCCCCGCCUACUGCGCCGCAACCGAGUUCCAGCAUUUCGCCCCGCCGCAGGGCCAGACGUGCGGCGAGUACAUGGCUUCGUACAUAAGCAUGGCGGGUGGCUAUCUGCGCGACCCAAAUGCAACGCAAUCAUGCGGCUUCUGCCAGAUCACCAGUACAGACCAGUUUUUGCGCAGAGUCCACGUCGAUUGGAAUACGCGGUGGAGGGAUUUCGGGCUGCUGUGGGUUUACAUUGUGUUUAAUGUUGGCGGCGCUAUCUUCUUGUACUGGGUGUUUCGGGUGCCAAAGGGCAAGAAGCGGCAGUGA